AUGGCAACACACACGCAAGUCGUUCUUCCUCUGCCCUUUCUUCCCUCGGGCUGGGAAGCAGAAAAAGACUUUAAGGCCAUUGGAAAGCUUUCGACACCGACCCAGCGCAGCAUUGAGCCAGUUGGCCCUCAUUUUCUUGCCCACGCCCGCCGUGCCCGCCACAAGCGUACCUUCUCCGAGGACGACCGCAUCCAAGCCCAGGAAAAUGUCAAGAAGGUCGAGGAUGAGGACUCUGGAGAGAUCAGCGAGCCUGAAGAUCCCUCUAUGCUCCUUCGCGAUGCCAAGGACUGGAAGAGCCAAGAUCACUACGCCGUCUUAGGUCUCUCCAAAUACCGCUUCAAGGCCACCGAGGAGCAAAUCAAGCGUGCCCACCGCAAGAAGGUCCUACGCCAUCACCCGGACAAGAAGGCCGCUGCAGGAAACACCGAGGACGACAACUUCUUCAAGUGUAUUCAAAAGGCUACCGAGGUCCUCCUUGACCCCGUCAAGCGUCGUCAAUUCGACUCUGUCGACGAGAAGGCCGAUGUUGACCCCCCCUCGAAAAAGGCAGCCAAAGAUGGAAAAUACUACAAGCUGUGGAGCAAUGUCUUCAAGGCAGAGGGACGUUUCUCGAAGACUCAGCCAGUCCCCAAGUUCGGAGACGAGAAGAGUACCAAGGAAGAGGUUGAGAACUUCUACAACUUCUUCUACAACUUCGAUUCAUGGCGUUCAUUCGAGUACCAAGACGAGGAUGUCCCCGACGACAACGAGAGCCGUGAUCAGAAGCGUCACAUUGAGAGAAAGAACAACAACGCUCGUAAGAAGAAGAAGAACGAAGAUGUUGCACGCCUGCGCAAAUUGGUCGAUGACGCUAUGGCCGGAGAUGUGCGCAUCAAGCAGUUCCGCGACGCUGCGAACGCUAGCAAGAACAAGAAGAGACUUGAUAAAGAGGCAGCUGAGAAGAAGGCGAUUGACGAUGCUAAGGCCGCUAAGGAGGCUGAAGCUAAGGCCGCAAAGGAGGCAGAGGAGAAGGCCAAGGCCGACAGAGAGCAGGGCAAGAAGGCUAAGGAGGCUGCAAAGGCUGCCGUCAAGAAGAACAGACGUGUCUUGAAGGGUAGUGUCAAGGACGCCAACUACUUUGUGACUGGCGAUGCUCCUGCUUCGGCUAUCGAUGCUGUGUUGAAUGAUGUUGAGCUUCUGCAGGGCAAGCUUGAUCCGGAUGAGACUGCGGCUCUAGCCGGCAAGCUCAAUGGGCUCAAGAUUGCGGAUGAGAUCAAGGGUGUCUGGUCUGGGGAGGUCAAGCGAUUGGUCGAUGCUGGUAAGAUCAAGGAUGGUGAUGCGAAGUCGUUGGGUUGA